AAAGUUGUAGAUUGUAUGAGCUGCACAAUGAAGUCGGCAACGUUGUGAAUUGGAGGAAACUGCAACGUCCAAUUUUUCAUCUCAAGUUGGUAACCAUCCAAACUAACUUCACACUAUAAAUGCAGUGGAAUUGUUAACAAAUUGAUCCAUCAAUCCAACAAUCAAAGGAAAAGGAAAGAAUAACAGAGCAAUUUAUAAACAACAGAGAUGGCCAGAGCAAGCUACAAACAUCUCAGCUUUGUUCUCUUGUUGCUUCUCAUUAACAUGGCUGAGAGCAGAAAUCUUUCCUCUGGAACUGGGAAAAAUUCAGCUCUGAUAUGCAGUAAGAUUUAUGGUGCAAAUAUUGGAGAUACAUGCUUCAGCAUUAUUCAGAAUUUCAGUGUGACCCCCGAGGCUUUUACUACUUUCAACCCGAAUCUCAAUUGUAACAAAAUGUUCGUUGGUGAAUGGAUAUGCAUUGAUGGUUCCUCCUUCUAGAAUAUAUAUAUCAAGCAAGGGAUUAUCAAGCUCAAGAAAUAGAAAUACUUCAAUUUCUAAGGCUAAGCCUAAUGUAUGAAUAAAAAAGAAUAAGGUUGCUUUUGUAAUGUUAUUCUGGUUUCUUUUCCAGUUCCAGCUUCUUUCCUUAAAGAUCAUAUAUAACUAAUGCACGUACCAAGGAUGAUCCAUCA